UCUAGCUUCAUGUACCUCCCUCAUAGGUACCGUGAUCAGGUACCCUUACCGCACCUCCUUGUUCAAUUCAACAUUCAGCAUUAACAUCCCACUGCAUACUUCACAUCCCUUCAUUUACUCAAACACACAUACCCAAAAAGAUCUAUCAUUCUCACGCGUUUUCAUUGGAUAUUCAUGUGUCAUUUGGAACUGCCCUCUUGUUUCACGAACAUCUACUUAGACGACACCUUACUGGCCCACGCACCACGGACGAGAUGGAUCACUUGACGACGACAAAGCAUACCACCGACACUGAGGCAACACACACGCAAAAGAUUGCUGGACAGAAACGGGACGCCAGCGCAAUCACAACAGUCAGCUCCCAGGGAUCUUCUGCAAGUUCUGGUGAGGGUUUGGAAAUUCGCAAUGAAAGCAAAAGAGAAGGCGAAGUCAAACGCCCAAAGCUCGGCGAAGAGCAGACGAGCAGCAACCGCAGUGAUAAUAACAUGGCUUUGAUCGAGGAAACCAGCAUGGAAGGCCGGCAAUGUUUUGUUACAGUGGGCGCUACCGCCGGAUUUCGACCGUUGCUUUCAGAGGUCAUCACACCAGAGUUCCUCAACUGUUUGGCCGACAACCACUUCGACCUUCUCAAAGUACAAUGCGGCGAGGAUUUCGAGUGGUUCGAUGAACAAGUCAAAUCUUUGCCUUCUAGUCCCGUCACGAUAGAACGCUUUGCUUUUACAGAGAACAUGGCCAAACAUUAUAUUAGGUCACGGGGUGAGAUGUCCGUGAGAAUGCCGGGUGUGGUGGUUGCUCACGCUGGCUCUGGAACAAUUCUCGAAGUACUCCGGCUUCAGGUACCAUUGGUGGUGGUCCCCAAUCCAACUCUGAUGGACAACCACCAAGCUGAGCUUGCUCAAGAGUUGGAAUCUACAGGAGACGCUGUAUAUGGUAGGCUAGGGAAAUUGACCGAAGCAAUCGCACGCUCGUUAGAACUAGUCGCCCAAGGUCCGCUCAAGCUCAAAGAUCUCCCACCAUACUCACCGCCACCAUUCCCGGUGCCCGAUUCGGAGCGCGUGACCUUGUUUGACUGGAUGACGCUAACUUGCUAUCCAGAUGAGUUACGCAAGCAGCAGCACUUGCAAGACCUCAGGAAUGUUGAGAAGAGCUUUCAGCGAGAGUUGGAGCAAGCCAAAGUGCCCCAAACAGAGACAGUUCAGGAUCGCCGCCAGCGGGAUCUUGACUAGGCGUCACUGUUAGCGGUUCAGUUGGUAUUGCGUGACCAGGGCGGCGAUUCAUACAACUUGAUUUCGACAUGUGAAGUUCCAUCUUUCAAAAGAGCUUACAUACACCUUCAAUGUGGCGUAAACGUGGAACUCACAUAACGUGCCGUCUGCGGCAUGAUUACUGAGAAGAAUUCCACAACCGGAUUUUCGGACUAGGCACAGUCUGUUCCUGUCGAGUUCCGUGAGGGCUGUCGAUGUCUUAAGCAAUAUCACCACCGUACAACGACAGCUGAAGCCCACUCUCCACUAUCAUCAAUUCAUACAAUCUCGCAGCACAUAGAGCGCAUGCGAUACAUAGAGGGUCAUCUUUCCGCUGCCACAUAGCAUCAUUACUGAAACGACGGACAGUACCACAGGCCUGGUGUACACAAUGACCAGAUCGGCCAAAUCCACAAAAGAUGGAACGAGUUCCGGCUUGCCAGCAGAACUCGCAACUCGGAAGUGCAUACUAUAUUGGCUUGUUGGUCCAGUGAUAAACAUCGAGACCUGUAUCAGUGGACGAACCCAGUUCAGGGUGAGUAUCUGUCUCCCCUGGAUAGGUAAAAAGGGUGUGUAUGGAAGGAGCUAAAAAGAAAUGAUAAUAAUAAUAAUAAUGAUAAUGACAAAAUUGGCGGAUCGGUACCGAGAAUGACCUAUAU